ACUCAGCAUUGAAAAGAUACAACAUGGAUUUUUUUCCCCAAAAAGGUAGAAAAUAUAUUGAUUGCAAUAAUUGAUAAUAGCAAUACUUUGCUGUAAACAAAAAAAUCUAAUAGAUCGACAGUGGAAUCAAAUGUAGAUAACCGGUUUAGUUUUUCUUUUACUGUACUUUUUUCCAUCUACCUCACACACACACACACACACACACACACACACACACACACACACACACACACACACACACACACACACACACACACACAGGAUAUUUCAACUCCUUGCAGGGAAUGUGGUUGCAUUGUGCUACAUUCCACAGUGUUGGGACACAGAUCUUUAGAGUCUUCCUGCAAAUUGUCUCUGUCAGAUGAGGAGGUGCUUCGUCUCACCUCUGCUGUGUAUUAUCACUCCAUUUGCAUUAUCCUGUUUUAUCCUCUUCUGUCUGCUCUUUCCUCACAGCCCUUUCACUGUGUUGAUUGCAUUCACGCUGCAGUGCAGACAGACGUUCAGACCGAGGCCUGACCUGAAGAAGAAAACCGCGUUGGCAGACUUAAUAGAAGAGCUGAAGAAGACAAGACUUGAAUCUGCUCCAGCUGAUCUCUGCUAUGCCGGACCUGGACAUGUGUCCUGUGAUUUCUGCACUGGGAGGAAACUGAAAGCUGUCAAGUCCUGUCUGCAGUGUCUGGUCUCCUACUGUGAGCAACACCUCCAGCCUCACUAUCAAUCUCCUGCCUUUGAGAAACACCAGCUGGUUGACCCGUCCAAGAAGCUUGAGGAGAACAUCUGCUCUGGUCACAAUGAGGUGAUGAGGAUUUUCUGCUGCACUGAUCAGCAGUGUAUCUGUUUUCUGUGCUCCUUGGAUGAACAUAAAGGCCACGACACAGUUUCAGCUGCAGCAGAAAGGAACAAUAAGCAACAAGUUGUUGGGUUGAAUCAAGAGAAGGUCCAGCAGAGAAGAGUUGUUCUUGACUUGUGGGGAAAUUAAAUUGUUUGAAAAUCCUGACUGCAAAUGGAAAUGUUUGAUCAGUACAAAAAAAUGUAGAUUAACAUAGUUGAUGAGUUUUACUUUGUUUCUUAAAGGCUUAAGAUUGUCGACCUGAAUUAUUAUUAUGACUUGACCAAUAAUCAGUAAGGACACCACUGAUUAUCUUCUUAUACAGUGGAGACAAACUAACUGAACAGACUGGUGGUGGAUUAAAUUAAUGAAAAAAAUAUGUCAACAUUUAUUGAUUUGAUUAACAAAUCAACUUGAUUUUUCCUGACGCAAGUAAUGUCUCAUGAGUUUAUUAUAGAAAAUCAGUGUUUAAAAAGUGAU